GUUGAUACGAAUAUUAUCAAUAAAUAUCUAGAUCAAAUAACUUUAGUGUAUCAGUGUGCAGAAAGUGUAUUGAAUGGAACCAGACAGUGGCAGCGAACUUUUGGAGGUAAGAAAUGGAAUCGGAAAGAAAAUCGUCAAAUGCUUUGUCUACGGUCACAAUUUCGAGUAGCCAAAGUGUUGCGUAUCGCAGGAGACUUAGUGGAAAAUUUAUUAAUUAAGAACCCAAAGCUUAAAGUUAUAUACUUAUACAGGGAUCCAAGGGGCAUUAUAAAUUCAAGAUUAAAAAUCCCUGUUAAUGAAACGGCGGGAGCGUGGAACGAUUUUAAUACAACUGAAGAUAUAGCUUUUGCCGUUUGUCAGAAAAUGGAUAUUGAUUCGAAAAACAUAUUUGAAUUAAAGGGAAAAUACCCUGAAAGAAUAUUCACUGUAGCAUACGAAACUACAGCCAAAUCUCCAGGAAAAAACGCAAGAAAUUUAUUCAAAUUUUUAGAUGUCAACAUAUCAAAAGAAUAUCAAAAUUCUAUUUCCAAAAUGGGAAAUAGAAGUAAAAAGGAUGAUAAAACAUGGAAUUCAGCUUUCCGAUCAGAUGGAUACGCCACAGCAAUAAAAUGGAGAAAAGAACUGUCAGAGAAAGACAAGAAAACGAUUGACAUAUCAUGCAGAAAUGUUUACAAACAACUUGGCUACCACGUAUAACGUCUUGAGAAA